GCAACCGGAACUCGGUGACAUUUCUCUGUCGCGCGCGACAACUCUCGUGCUCUCUCUCUCUCUCUCUCCCCCUCUCCCUCUCUCUCCCUGCUUUCACUUCUCCAGCAUGAGCUCUAAUAACCUCACACAUCCUUCCCUCGUCGGCUUGCCGUGAAGGAAGUGGACUCAUCGCAGCACCAGGUGUCGGGACAUUUCGUUUCUUUUCGUGUGUUUUCGUUCCUCUCGGCCGAAUGUCAAAAUGCCCGUUCGGCGAGGACACGUCGCUCUCCAGAACACCUAUCUGGACACCAUCAUCCGCAAAUUCGACGGUCAGAACCGCAAGUUCCUGAUCGCCAACGCCCAGAUGAAGAACUGCGGCAUCAUCUACUGCAACGAGGGCUUCUGCCAGAUGUUUGGCUUCUCGCGGGCCGAGAUCAUGCAGCAGCCGUGCACGUGUCAUUUCCUCGCAGGACCGGGCACCAUGAAGAGCGCUCUGGCUCAGCUGGCCCAGGCCCUGCUCGGCUCCGAGGAGCGCAAGGUGGAGAUCCUCUACUACUCCAAAGAAGGGACAUGUCGGCCAUGUUUGAUAGACGUGAUUCCAGUGAAGAACGAGGAGGGCAUGGUCAUAAUGUUCAUCCUGAACUUCGAGGAACUGCUUGAGCCUGCGUUAAAAAUGGGCUUCAGACAGAGAGUCACCCAGAGCUGGAUACGCUCAGGUGUGUGUGUUUGUUAUUCUCAGAAGCGUAGACUGAGGCUGAGAAUGCCGUCUUUACGAGUCACGCGGCAACCUGCUUACCCCAAAGACCAGUUUGAAGGAGUCGUUGUGGACUAUUUACAGCUGCCCGGUAAAUCUGUAGCUCUGAAGGGUUUCCCUGCGCCGUGUAAAGAGAGCUCCCUGCAGUGUGAGACACAGGCUCUGAUCCAUCAGGAGCACUCUUUCACCUCGCCUUCGUCCAGCCUGGAGCCCGGCGGCCCCCAGACCCCCUACACACACUCGCGCACACACUCCCGAGAGAGUGUACACAGCCUGCGGCGUGCCUCCUCGCUGCACGACAUCGACUCCAUCAGGGACCAGUGCAGCGAUGCCUUGAAGCCCAAUAAUGUGAGCUCCACGUCGGAUUCGGAUCUGAUGCGGCAUCGUGCCAUCGGUAGGAUCCCCCAGGUCACGCUGUCGUUCGGGGCAGAGCGGGUCAGACCUCCUUCACCCACCGAGAUCGAGAUCAUCGCCCCCAGCAAGAUUAAAGAUCGCACGCAGAACGUCUCCGAGAAGGUCACACAUGUCACUCAGGUGCUGUCUCUGGGAGCCGACGUGCUGCCCGAGUACAAGCUGCAGGCGCCGCGCAUCCACAAGUGGACGAUCCUGCACUACAGCCCGUUCAAGGCCGUAUGGGACUGGCUGAUCCUGCUGCUCGUGCUCUACACCGCCGUGUUCACACCGUACAGCGCCGCCUUCCUGCUCAGCGAGCAACAGGACGAAGGCCGAGCCGACUGCGGCUACACCUGCAACCCGCUCAACGUGGUGGACCUGGUGGUAGACGUCAUGUUCAUCAUCGACAUCAUCAUCAACUUCAGGACGACCUACGUGAACCACAACGACGAGGUGGUGAGCCACCCGGGCCGCAUCGCGCAGCACUACUUCAAGGGCUGGUUCCUAAUCGACAUUGUAGCGGCCAUCCCCUUCGACCUGCUCAUCUUCAGAUCGGGCCAAGACGAGCCCCAAACCACCACUCUGAUCGGCCUGCUGAAGACAGCACGGCUGUUGCGUUUGGUCCGAGUGGCGCGGAAGCUCGACCGCUACUCGGAAUACGGCGCAGCCGUCCUCUUCCUGCUCAUGUGCACCUUCGCGCUCAUCGCCCACUGGCUGGCCUGCAUCUGGUACGCCAUCGGCAACGUGGAGCGCACGGGCUCCGCUCGCGGAGGCACCUUGAGGAUCGGCUGGCUCGACAACCUCGCCGAGCAGAUCGGCAAACACUAUAACGACAGCGACGCCUUAUCCGGACCCAGCAUCAAGGACAAGUACGUCACCGCCCUGUAUUUCACCUUCAGCAGCCUGACCAGCGUCGGCUUCGGCAACGUCUCGCCGAACACCAACCCCGAGAAGAUCUUCUCCAUCUGCGUCAUGCUCAUCGGCUCUCUGAUGUAUGCCAGUAUCUUCGGCAACGUGUCGGCUAUAAUCCAGCGACUGUACUCGGGCACGGCGCGCUACCACACGCAGAUGCUGAGGGUGAAGGAGUUCAUCCGCUUCCACCAGAUUCCCGGAGGCCUGAGGCAGAGGCUGGAGGAGUAUUUCCAACACGCCUGGUCCUACACCAACGGCAUCGACAUGAACGCGGUGCUGAAGGGUUUCCCCGAGUGUCUGCAGGCUGAUAUCUGUCUGCAUCUGAACCGCACGCUGCUGCAGAACUGCCCGGCGUUCCGCGGGGCGAGUAAGGGCUGUUUACGAGCUCUGGCCAUUCGCUUUAAGACCACACACGCUCCACCGGGAGACACGCUGGUGCACAACGGCGACGUGCUCACGGCUCUCUACUUCAUCUCCCGCGGCUCCAUCGAGAUCCUUCGAGACGAUGUGGUCGUGGCCAUCUUAGGUAAGAACGACAUCUUCGGCGAGCCCAUCAGUCUGUACGGCAGGCCUGGGAAAUCGAGCGCCGACGUCAGGGCUCUGACCUACUGCGACCUUCACAAGAUCCUGAGGGACGACCUGCUCGAGGUGCUCGACAUGUACCCCGAUUUUUCCGACAGCUUCUGGACAAACCUGGAGAUCACGUUCAACCUCCGAGAUGCAGACAGAAUUAUACAACCAGACCCCAGCGAGGAGUCAGACUGCGGCUACAGACGAGCACAGCACAGGAGAAACUCCCUCCAUCGCAACAGACCGGAAUUCCAGUCUACCUCCAGGUCCCAACUACCAAGUCCUCCAUAUGGCACGGAUCGAGAAGACUCUUAUCCAGACCAGACAUGCAGCUCCGUGGGGAACCACAGAGGGGUGCUGUUGCACUCACACUGGGAUGAGCUGUGCAGCAGUGUGAGCGCUGCCUCUUUGUCCAGCGAGGAUGAGAUGAAACACUUGGGGCCUGAACGGGGAGAAGUGUACCCUCCAGAAGUGAGGGAAUACGUCCCGACUGUGAUUAACCUCCUGCCCCCCAGCACUGAAGAACGGGGAGCUCAUGCCUAUUCAGGCUCUCUGGAUGUCUCGGGGCUGUACGGCUGCUGGUCCGAGCGACGGCCGAGUCAGUACCCCGAGAGUCCGAGACGACUUUCCACAUCAGCACGCGCCUGCUAUCAUCAUCUCCAGCGCGGUGCGAAUGCCGAGGAGAGACCGAGCGAUCUUCAGUCCCGCCUUGAACUGCUGCAGUCCCAGCUGAACCGUCUGGAGACACGGAUGACGGCUGACAUUAACGUGAUCCUGCAGCUGCUCCAGCGACAGAUGGCUCAAGUCCCACCCGCUUACAGCUCUGUGUCUCCAGCCUCGGCGGUCCUUCCCACCGCUUCUCCAUCCGACCUGUACGGGACUCCGAUUUUCCACCCUACAACACCUCCCACUCCUGCUGCACACUUCAGAGAGCCAACACACACCUCCAGCAACGACAGUCCUGAGUCUCACGCGUCCCUGUCCGACGGCGUCCACCUCAGCGUAGCCACGGACGACACCGCGUCCAUCUCGCCGGAGACCGAGACCAAACCGUCCGUCCCUGCGAAUCUCAACAUCCCUGAAAACCUGCAUCCUCACCUCAGCCUGCGCUUCACCUCUCUCCCUGAGCACCUGGAGAGCCUGAGCAGCCUUGAGGACAGAUCACAGAUCCAACGGCACCUGUCCGACCCUGUUCUCCCGGGCACCUAGAGUCUCGACCGGGCUGCACUCUGCACUGUUCUCAUCUCCCCGCUGGGCCACGUGCGUCCACCAUUAGCUCUACCGCAGGACAGACCAGACAGGACAGAGCCGCAGUCCUCCUCCUCCUCCUCUUCGUCCUCCUCCCUCUCUUCCUGCUCCCGUGAGCUUCAAACGCACUGUACGCUGCUUCUCACGGACACGGGUCGAUCCGCGUCGAGUGCAGACGACCCAGUACGAGUUCCAGACAAACACACUCGCUCAAAUACAAAGCACACACACGUAUAUAUCCCAGACUGUAGCACACGGCACAGGUGCGAAGGAAGAGGUAGUGUUACUCAUUCGGACGUACAAGGGGUGAUGAGUAAUUCUAAUUAAACCUCCUGUUACCAUUUACGAAGACCGACCGUCUUGACUUGAUUUUAUGACUGCAGCGCUGUUUACCGAGGGAAAUCUAAAAGGACGGAAACAUCAACGAGUAAAGAGAGGCAGCAGCUAUGUUUCCACGUAAUUUUUUUUUUUUUUAAUGCGCAUUCUGGGGUAGCGCGUAAAAAAGAAAUAAACCGGAUAAACGCGCAUCCUCCAUGCGCAUUAAAAAAAAAAAAAAAAUUUCAAAAUGUCAGAAAGCAAGACGCGGCGGUUUCCUCGAAGUGACGAUUUUGUUCUUCUGAACGUCUUUGUAUACAGCAUGACAUUUUUGAACACGAGUCGAAUUCGCGACUCGGGUGGAAGCGGAGCUAGCGUGCUCCAGAAGCACUGAUUAUUAAACCGUUUGGCGAACAUCUAGUCUUCUCGUCUGUCCGCUUACUUUAUUAUGAAAUUCCUUCCAUUCUGGGUGAAAUAUUAAAAGGAAGGCUCUGAACCGCUCCAGCCCGAAUGCAUGUCUAUCGGAAUGUUCGUGACGUGCUCGGAUUUCUAUUCAUCGAGUUGUUUUUUUUAUCCCGGCGUCUUCUCGUUAUUCCCGUGAGAUUAUUUCCCACGGUCUCGAGCAAGGUUUUUUUUUUUUUUUUUUUUUUUUUUUUUUUUUUUUUUUUUACGUUCAGGUUUGGCUCGUAGCUCCUGAAAAGAAAAGCGCGAGAGCUUCUUUUCUCGCUCACCGUUUUCCAUUCAGCGACGCUCGAUGUGAUAUUAGUAGGGCGAGACGUCAGAGCGAGAGCCGCGUGACGGCCGAGAGGCGAUAUGAGCGCGCGAGUCGAAGCUUUCGUUAUGUUUUGCUGGGUUAUUAUAUCCAGUGAUAUAUUACUGCCUUUACUGACGUACAAAUAUAUAUAUUUCUUCGAAAUCCCUAAAUUAUUAUUAUUAUUAUUUAUUUAUUUAUUUUUUUUACAGAGGCAGUAGUGCAUCAUUGUGCGUCUAAGACUUUUGCCAUCCCCGAAUAAGCAUUCGGAAAUGGAAAAUAUUCCAGACAGGGUUCAAACAACGACAUCCACGCGAUAGCGACACCUCUGGGGAUAAAAAAAAAGCGCACUUUUUUUAAAAUUCCACACACUCUCUCUGGACUCGUUUAUUUCAUCAGCAUGACUAGUUAACCGAGAGGCUUAGCUCCAGCGCGUCACACGUUUGCCUCGCACGUCCGGGGUCCACCCUGGACGUGUUCGCACCGCGCCCAGGUGUGUCCCUCGCCUUCCCCUGAGACGGGCUCCAGGAUCAACGGUACGGAAAAUGACCGGAUGAACGACUUAACCGUUGAAAUAUUAAGCGCAUGAUUAUUAUUCUGGUUAAUUUAUCGGAUCUUUUUCAUUCCUGAAGUCGAACGCGCUAUCGGGUCCGAGUCGCCGUGAUUUACAGACCUUCUUGUUUCUGAGUGAUUGAAGACGGGAUUAAAUGUUGAACCGACAGAGCGAGAAGAACUGUUUGGUCUCCAACAAUGUCUUAGCUUUAGAUCAGUAUUUAGUGCGCCUUUUUCUUUUAUUCCCUUUUCCUCUUUUCAAUUUCCACACAUUUUGCACAAAUCCCACGCGAGGCGGAGCAGCACUGAGAAAUAACGAACCGAGCUGAAUCUUCCGGGUAUCCGAGCGGAGCGUCGGCGAGUCGAGCCGAUCAUUCACAGAAUCACAGAAUCCACAUCACACUUUCAGACACGGUUUAAAGACUCGAGACUUUCCAACGUCCGAGUCGGAACGUUUCGCCUUUACCGGCAAAUCUCCUUUUGACCACAAUCGCCGUACGUACGUACGUGUGUGCGUGUGUUUAAUAGUCUCUACCUGGGCCUUUUGGUGCUUUUUACAACUUUUACAAGCACAGAAAGUAAGGUUGACGCAGCAGACGGUCUAAGUCAAAUUCUAAGCACACUGUAUUACCUAGCAGCUCGGAUUUCAUAUCUUCUAGCUAGUUUAGAAAUCGCAGGCCGACGAGGUCUGAUUGCACAAACGUAAUAGCACGUUUAAUUUAUUUUCAUUUUACGUUACAUGUUCAGACACACUUACUCCCAAGCGUUGUGUUUUUUGUUGUUGUUGUUGUUUUUGUUUUUUUAAACUUUAGCUUCCUCCUGUAAAUUAUUCCGAGUCCUUGCGAUGCUUUUUGAAGGAUUCAGAAAUGGCUAAGAAACACGAGGAGAGCUUUCAUUCCUCUCCGGAAGCUUCAGCGAACAGGCGUUUAGCUCGAGAGGGUGACGGAGCAGUUAUCACUACUGUGGAGAUUUGUUCUGUUUCUAGAAAGAUCGUGUCGAGAUCGUCCCUGAGAACGCAGAAAGGACUCGGGAUCCCGUAUCAGACCCACUGGCUGUGGGUUUGUUUGUUUGUUUGUUUGUUUGUGUGUUUUUCUGACCAGACAUUGACAUUGUAAGAACAUUUCUCGGGCAUUUUUGAACUGUAUGUAUCUGAUGUAUCGGUUACUGAACCACAGAAAUGUAUUUUCAGUGUAUAGACUCGUCAUUGUUUUUUUUAACUACAUUAUAGAGCAUUAAGCAUUAUCAGUCGUGACUGAUUCAGUGAACCAGGAAUCGAAUCAAGAAAGACUGUGGUUUAGUUCAAAACAUGCCAAAGUGUGUGUGUGUGAGUGUGAGUCUACACAUCAGGAGAGGUUUGCGUACUCUUGUAUAUUCUCAAGUGUCACAGUGUGUUUGAAAUAUAAUGUGUGUGUGUGAGAGAGAGCGAGAGUGUGUGAGAGAGAGAGAGCGUGUGAGAGAGAGAAAGAGUGUGUGAGAGUGAGUGUGUGUGUGUGUGUGAGAGAGUGCAUGUGAGAGAGAGAGCGUGUGAGAGAGAGAGCGGGUGUGUAAGAGAGAGAAAGAGCGUGUGAGAGAGCGUGUGAGAGAGUGUGUGUGAGAGAGAGAGCGUGUGAGAGUGUGUGUGUGUGUGUGAGAGAGAGCAUGUGAGAGAGAAAGCGCGUGAGAGUGUGUGUGUGAGAGAGAGCGUGUGAGAGUGUGUGUGCGUGAGAGAGAGUGAGUGUGUGUGUGUGUGUGUGUGUGAGAGAGAGAGCAUGUGAGAGAGAGAAAGAGCGUGUGUGUGUGUGAGAGAGAGUGUGUGAGAGACAGCGUGUGAGAGAGAGCAUGUGAGAGAGAAAGCGUGUGAGAGUGUGUGUGUGUGAGAGAGAGAGCGUGUGUGUGAGAGAGAGUGUGAGAGAGUGUGUGUGUGAGAGAGAGAGCAUGUGAGAGAGAGAAAGAGCGUGUGUGUGUGUGUGAGAGAGAGAGAGUGUGUGAGAGACAGCGUGUGAGAGAGUGUGUGUGUGUGAGAGAGAGAGCAUGUGAGAGAGAGAAAGCGUGUGAGAGAGUGUGUGUGUGUGUGAGAGAGAGAGAGAGAGAGAGCGUGUGAGUGUGUGUGUGAGAGAGAGAGAGAGAGAGAAAAGAUUACACUGUUUGUUAACGUUAUUGUAAGAUUAACACGUGAAGGACGUGAACGCACGUCACAUUCAACCGAAAGCCUUUACUGGACUGUUAAAAGGUUUACGAAAAGCACAAAACUGCUGGUUUUAUUAUUAUUAUUUUUUUUUUUUAGAUUAAAGAUUAUUUAUACACAG